GGUUUCGAACAGUCUGUGCCUCUUGGGCAGAUAUUUGAGAGACUGGCAGGCACAGUGGGUUUUUAAAAAAGAAAUUCUAGCUUGUGAGAUUAUCUUAAUUUUCACACAGUGGAUUAAAAUUCCAGAUAGACUUACUCAUCCUCCAGCUCUCUCUCACCUUUUCAAAGGACAAUCUGCUUCCUUUGACCAAUGUCUGAAGAAAUUGUUUAUGCAAAUCUCAAAUUCCAGGACUCUAAUAAGAAAGAACAUACACAGAGGUCUGAAAAAGGUGGGGCAGAAGUACCUUCUGCUCCCUCCCAUUCGCAAGAUAAAGCAGUCUUGAGUCUGACUCUUCUGUGCCUUCUGCUGCUUGUUGGACUGGGGGUUUUAGGAGGAUUGUUUUAUACAACUUUGGAGACAGUAAUCAUAAAAUCAAAUGAACUACAAGACAUCAAGGAAGAGCUUCAGAGAAAUGUUUCCCUACAGCUGACGCACAAUCACAACAGCUCCAAGAAAAUCAGGCACCUCUCUUCCCUGCUGCAAAAGCUAGCCACCCAGCUAUGCCGUGAGCUGUAUAGAAAAGAACCAGAGCACAAAUGCAAACCUUGUCCAAAGGGCUCAAAAUGGCACAAGGACAGCUGUUAUUUCAAACUCAGUAGACUUGGAACAUGGCAAAAUAGUGAAAUGCUGUGUUCUACUCAGAAUGCCAGCCUGCUGAAGCUUAAGAACAAGAGUGUGCUGGAAUUUGUAAAGUCAGAGAAGUUAAGCAAUUUUUGGCUGGGAUUGUCACCCAGAAAAGACUUUGCAAAACCUGAGAAACUGACUGAGACGUUUCUCUCUGCAGGGACCACCUGCCCAGGACACUUCCCAGUGAGAUGGGCCCUUCCACAUCAAACGUUAUACAUGAAGAUGCCCCACAGACUUCUCUACUGGAUAAUCUUAUGAAGGCAUUCUCUCAACUGAGGUUCCCUUCCCAGAUGACCCAGGCUUCUGUCAAGAUGACAAAACAAACAAACAAACCUAACCAGCACAAUGUUGAGCAUUUCCAUGUAAGAAGACAUCAGUAGUGAGAGCCAUACAGAGCAUUCUGGGGGGCAGGGUACCGACUAGAAGGACUGCAAGAAUCUGUCAUUCAACACACAGGACAUUGUGCUAGAAAUAAUAGCUAGACUUAGUUGGUAGUCACUAGACAGCUCCUUAGUAUAUAUCAUUUGUUUUACACACACACACACACACAUACACACACACACACACACACACACACACCAGAGGAAAAAAGGAUCUUUAAAAUCACAUACAUAUAUAUGCUUUUUUUGACUCACAGUGGUUGUACACAUCCGUGGAGCACAGUGUGACAUCUCUGUGUUUGAUGAUCCAAUGAAGAAUUGUCAUAUUAAUCACCUCACAUAUUUAUGAUUUAUUUACACUAGGAACAUUCAAAGUCUUUACUAGGUAAUUUAAAUCAUAGAAUUUGUUACCAACCAUAGUUAUCCAAUGUGCUAUUGAUUAUUAAAGGUUCUGUUUUUCAGUAAACUGCACCAAGUACUUAUGGCUAUAUCUAUUCUUCUUCCUCUACACUCAUCCCAGACUCCAUAACCAUUCCUCUGCUCUCUACUGAUAUGAGAUAACAUUUUAGUUUCCACAUGUAAAUGAGGACAUGUGGCUUUUGCCCUUUCUGUAACUGAUUAGUUUAACAUAGCAUACUUCAUUUAACAUAAUAGUCUCUGUUUUAAUUCAUGCUAUUACAAAUGUCAAAAUUCCAUGUUUAUGGUUGAAUAAUAUUUCAUUCUGUGUA